AUGCCCUCGCCACCAGCCCAUCUUCCACCUCCCCCGUCGGGGUCACUCCGUCGAGACUUUGAAAAACUAGGUUUUGGAGUCUUGCCUCUCGUGCUACCUGACCUGCGCACAUGUGCUCCAUCUACCAGCCCGCAUACGAGCAUUGCGCACUCUCCCUCCUCAAUCGCUCGAUCCACCAAGACCUCCUUCACAACUUCCGUCGCCUAUUCGCCCACGGAGUCACAAUCUGCCCAUACGGCAACUCAGCAUCCCCUACGUUCCGAGCUCGACGGCUCCUUCAGCGAGAUGCAAGCCGCGGCCGUCGGCGAGCUCAACGACUGCUUCAAUCAGCUGCGGUACAAGGACCUCCUCGCCUCAAAACAUGCACACGGAAUACGCAACUUGCCUGCCCUGCUCCGCGACUGGGGUCAAGAGCAUGGCGGCAGCCUUUGUACCUCGCAGGCUUUGUACGCUGCCUUGUCAGCCUCAAGCACGGCUGACCGCAGGCCUCGCGCUCUCCUACACUCAAAUGGGGCCGACUUCAGCAGGAACACGACGGCAAGCGAAAGCUUAGCAGCGCGUGCCUCGGGGACAAUGUGGGCUGGGCGGCUGGCAAGCUGGUCAGAGACUAAGCAGGUGGAACAACCGGAGUAG